AUGACAUCUGUUCAAGGAAAAUCAUUCAGUAACCAAGAAGAUCAGUUCUUGUGCUUGGCAUGGCUUGAAAUUUCUCAAGACCCAGUCUCAGGCACAUGCCAAAAGAAAGAUAAGAUGUGGGAAAGGAUCACAGCAGUCUUCCAUGAGAAGGUAGGUGAUAGACAACGGUCACCAAAGUCUCUGGAAUAUCGUAUGGACGCAAUUAAGAAGGCAGCAAAAAAAUUUCGGGGUUGUGUUCGACAAAUCGAGCGACUGAAUCCAAGUGGAGCUUCUGAAAUCGAUAUAUUGACUCAAGCUAGAAUCAUGUACGGAGAAGAUGUUAAAGAAAAGAAAGGAUUUCAAUUCGAUCAUGUUUCGACGAUCCUCAAGGAUGCCGAGAAAUAG